UCCUCACCGGGUGACGUGUCAGUUUGUUUACAGCGGUGAGCAGUCGGCUGCAGCUGCUCAGACAUGGCUGUUGAUAUCACGUUACUUUUCAAAGCCAGCGUUAAGACGGUCAAAACCAGGAACAAGGCCAUAGGGAUUGGCUUCGACUCGACCAAAGAUGAAAUUUUCAAGAGAAGCAGACCGAAGAGUGGCUUCUCACCGAGGGCGAAAGAAGUGAUCACGAACAUCACCAAGCUCAAAGACUUUCUGCUACAGCACAGAAAAGAUUAUGUGAGCGCCGGAAGUCUCAUUUCAUCGGACCUUUCCCGCAUGACAGACAAUGACCGUGACCAGAUCGACCAGGAUGCUCAGAUCUUUAUGAGAACCUGCUCUGAAGCCAUCAAGCAGCUACGCAAUGAAGCUAAAAAACAGGUGAUGUCAGCUCAGAUAAAGGAGCACAGGGGAGCGGUGCUAGACCUCAUUGAAACAUACCUAAAAGGUGUAUGCAAGCUGUACUCUGAGCAGAGAGCAAUUCGAGUCAAGAGAAUGGUGGACAAGAAGAGGCUAUCAAGACUGAUACCAGAGCAUCACAGUCCAGUGGAGAAAAAAGUGGAAGUGGAGCCCACACAGGAGGACACCGUUAAGGAGGGAAGUUCUGAGAAGACUGCAUCAUCAGAGGUCCAGGACAACCCUGUAAACCUGUGGGAGGAGAGCCGAGUGGAAGAUGAGCUCUCUCCAGAGGAAAUUCAGAUGUUUGAGAAGGAAAACCAGAGGUUGAUCAGUGAGAUGAACAGCCUGGUGGAUGAAGUGAGGCAAAUCGAAGGGAAGGUGGUAGAGAUCUCACGACUUCAAGAAAUCUUUGCUGAGAAAGUCCUGCAACAAGAAGCAGAAAUAGACAACAUUCAUCAGCUCGUCGUUGGUGCUACAGAGAACGUCAAAGAAGGCAAUGAGGAUAUACGAGAGGCUAUCAAAAACAACGCUGGAUUUAGGGUAUGGAUCCUCUUUUUCCUCGUUAUGUGCUCUUUUUCUCUUCUCUUCCUGGACUGGUAUGACAGUUAACACGACUGCCCAAAUGGACUCUGGACAACAAGAAACUGCCUGAAGCUGAUACACAAUGCAUAUCUCAGAAGUGAUUGUACAACUAACUGAGAAGUGAAGUGAUGGCAACAGCAAGACUGAACGUGAGAUUAUGUCCUCAUGUUUAAAUGGCACUUAAUUCUUCCCUGAUUCUAUCUAGGGUAGCUUUAAUAUAAAAAUGCACUUGUAUUUUAACAUCUUGCCUUUCUCAGCCAUGAGUAACAAUGGUUUGACUGGAUUUCGAUCCCUGUGAAUCUCUUCCGAAACUGUUUUAUGCACUAGAGCGUAUUUGCAUCUUGACAACACAGUCCCAUGUAUUCAAAAAGAUUUGUUCUUUAUGUAAAAUAAAUUACUCUAAAUGCUCAAAAUGGUUUGCAGAUUGGAGCCGAAUGAACUGUACUGGCACAUCAGAUACAUUCAAGUAAAAGCAACUGAUUCUCAAUUAAUUUAUAGCAAAUUUAAUGUGUACCUUCUCUCAUUAAUUCAUGAUGAUAUUUCAUGAUAUAAAACAAUUUUUAUAAUUCGUAUCUAUAUGGGUUUGCAGAUAACAUCAAAGGCAGCUAAAGCCGCUGCCUGCCUUGGUUCGUGUCAGCUAAGGAGAAAGUAGCUGUUGACUUCUGAUGUUUCUCUUAAUCUGUUUAUAAUGAUUAACCCAGAUUCCAGUGACAGCAUUAAAGUGCUUUGAACAUUUUUUUCCUUUGAUGUCAGCUCAAGAGCAACUGGAACUUUUAAGUGUGUUUAUUUUCUGUGCCGAGGGAGUUUUCAGCAGCUCUGACAUGACUUGCUCUCAAAGUAAUGAAUAAAAAUCUUCUUUUGCAUAAAUGGAUUGCA